CUUACACUAUAUCUCUCCGCACACUACAUUGCAGUGAAGUGCAGCAUUGAGCGCAACGCAUGAUAUGUGAACGCUUAGAUGGGCUUUAUAUUUGAAUGGAGCAGAUACAUAGAUUAUCCGAGUGACAGAGGUUAAAUACCUCCUGGAUUAACUCUGCUUUAAUCGGAACAGACUACAGUAGCUCUACGGUGUGGUAUGAAUGUGAGCGGCUGUUAAACGCUACCUGUGAAAUGAUCGCUGUGUUCAAACCCCGACAGGUGAACUUGAAUGCAUUAGGUGCACAUUUGAAUGCGGCGGUUUUUGUUAAAUUGUCUCACUUAAACAGCCGUGAAGUCAGACUUGCUGAAGAAGCGUUUGGAAAGGUUAGAUGAAGCCUGCUAUUUAAACAGAUCUGCCUCGUUUGCCGCAACCUAAAAUACAGAAGAAACAGCUUCCUAUGGGCGAAGCGAGAGCUCGGUUCCCUUGCUGGACAUGGGCUCGUUGUCAAGGUAACAGCGUGUCAGAUCCCGAGCGGGAGAAACGAUGGGCAGAACUGUUCGAUCAACUGGAUCUGAAUAAAGACGGAAGGAUCGAUGUGAAUGAACUGCGCACUGGAUUAAACGCUUGGGGGAUCGUGCGCAGUGAGGUAGACGAGAUUGUACGUGAGAGUGACACCAAUCAUGAUGGCCAGCUGGACUUUAAGGAGUUCACGCAGUAUCUUUGCAAGCACGAGAAGGAGCUGAGCCUCAUGUUCUGCAGUCUGGAUCGCAACAACGAUGGUCAGAUAGAUGUUGCAGAAAUUCAGCUGUCAUUGCGCAGCCUCGGAGUGAAUGUAUCCACCGAGCAGGCCUCCAGAAUCCUGCAAAGCAUGGACAGAGACGGCACUAUGACCAUUGACUGGAAUGAGUGGCGGGACCACUUCCUGUUUAACCCUCUGCACAACAUGGAGGACAUCGCUCACUACUGGAAACACUCUCUGAUGUUGGACAUCGGGGAACAGCUGACCGUGCCGGAUGAUUUCUCAGAGAAAGAGCGACGCUCAGGUGUGGUGUGGAGGCAGCUGAUGGCCGGGGCAAUGGCCGGUGCUGUAUCCCGAACAGGAACAGCUCCCCUGGACCGCCUUAAAGUGUUCCUUCAGGUUCAUGGCUCUAGUGGGGUCAGUCUGUUUGGGGGUCUGCGUGGGAUGGUGCAGGAAGGGGGACUGAGGUCCCUCUGGAGAGGAAACGGAAUCAACGUUCUCAAAAUUGCCCCCGAAUCAGCUAUCAAAUUCAUGGCUUAUGAGCAGAUCAAAUGCCUGAUCAGAGGCAUUAAGGGUGGCGGAGCCUUGAGGGUUCAAGAACGGUUCGUUGCCGGAUCACUAGCGGGAGCUACAGCUCAGACCAUCAUCUACCCCAUGGAGGUGUUAAAGACUCGACUGACGCUCAGAAAGACAGGACAAUACUCUGGAAUGGCAGACUGUGCCAGGCAGAUGCUGCGUAAGGAAGGAGUGCGUGCAUUCUACAAAGGCUAUGUGCCCAACACACUUGGCAUUAUCCCGUAUGCUGGUAUUGAUCUGGCUGUCUAUGAGACUUUAAAGAACGCCUGGCUACAGCGGUACUGCAUGGGCUCGGCUGACCCUGGAGUUCUAGUUCUGCUUGGAUGUGGCACUGUGUCCAGCACUUGUGGACAGCUGGCUAGUUAUCCUCUUGCUCUUAUCCGCACACGCAUGCAGGCCCAGGCUUCGGCUGAUGGCGCUCCUCAGUUGUCUAUGGUUGGCCAGUUCAAGCAUAUUGUGUCCCAUGAAGGCGUCCCAGGACUUUACAGAGGCAUUGCCCCCAAUUUCCUUAAAGUCAUUCCUGCUGUUAGCAUCUCUUAUGUAGUUUAUGAGCAUAUGAUAAAAUCCCUGGGAGUUCUGAGAUCUUAAGAUAAGACAGGAUAAGAGUAAAAUACCAAAUCCUUAGGGUAACACAGAGGCCCAUUGAGACUACAACAGGACAAUGAAUGACCUAAAAACCUAUUCUACAUUGUACACAGUCUUUUUAUACUUUAAUAAUAAAUGAUUGUGCCGAGCCGUAGUCAUUAAUUUUAGAGGAUGUGUGACUGGCAGAUGAAGAUCUCAGGUUUAUGAAGAAUUAUUUCAACAAAACACACAGUUUCUUUGUUAUUUUAUUUUACAUGGAUUGUACUGUCAUUGCUCUGAUGAUGUCUUGUGAGAUCUAAAGCUAAGGAGUUCUUAAAAGCAAUCCCAUAUUAUCUGAAAUUCUGACUUGAGAAUGUUUGUGUUUUACUUCAUGUCUUAUCUCUAUUUAUGUUCAACAGGAUCUACUAGAUGUCCCUGUUUAAUGACAGGGAAUGGUGGGGAAAUAGGAUUACAGUAUUUUGAAAAGUUAACCAUUUAUUAAAAAUCCAGAUCAACCAAAGUUCAACUCAGAAAUUUAACCAAAAUAUUUUCAGAAUGUAUAUUAUCAUGAAUCAUGGAAUAUCAUGAAAAAGCGUCUUCUGUCCACCAUUUACCGCAAAUGGCAUGAAUGAUACAUUUUAAAUUUCGAGAAGGAUUUAAGGACGCAUACUGUAAAGGUCAGUGAGAAGUAUUGCUACAGUUUGGUGACUAAGGGAUUUUCACUUUCUAAAAUAUAUCUUAAAUGUCUAAACCUUUGUCUAAACAGACUCAUGGUUAUGACGUUGUUGCUGCUUUGCUACCUUUCUACAAGUUUAGCCUUUCUGAUAUUUAAUUACUCACUGUUAAGGUAUAGUGUGAGAUACUUUAUUAGUGUUAGAAAUAAUAAAAUGGUAGUGUUGUUGCCUUGAACAAUUUAGCAUUUUUUGGGCAUGUAUGGAAGAGAUGUGUUGUGGGAAUGUAAAGAAAUUUGGCUCAAAAUAAUUCAUAAUUUAUCUUUACAAAAAGGGCUCUUGACCCAUAUUGCAUGUUUUCAAUGGAAUUUGCUUGUCAAUUUGAAGAUAUUUUCUUUGGGACGCAUUUUUUAUAUCUGAAAUAUGCAAAGCACUGUUAAAUUUAAAGCUGACAAUAAUUUUGUGUUUUUCUAACAUAAAACAUCAAUACAUGAAUGAUGUGUUUCGUUACAAAAAUAUAUAUAUCAUUGUGUAAUACAUACAAUUACUGGAUGAGUUACAAGGGUGGGUCACUAUUUAUAAUAUGUUUCGCUGUGUAACGAAAUGAAAAAGAUUAAUUCUGAUAACAUCAGAUUUAUAUUAAAAAGCCUAAUAUAUACCAGUGGUACUGGAGGUCCAUCUACAUAGAGAGAUUACUAAAUUAAAACCAGUAGAUCAGAUUCAAGUGGAUUUAAUUGGAUCAAUGCACAAGUGGGAUUGAGUUCCAUUCCAUUUUCCAAUACUACAAAGUCCCCUAUUUGCACUUUUUAAACUUGUAUAGUAGUCAACUAAGAUGAAAUAAGUGAGUAUGGAUGUUGCAUCUAAUUAACCCAAAUGCAUUUUUGUGUACACUAUAUUGAGUACAAAUAGCCUACUGUUUGAAUGUAGAUGGUUGGGGAAAUGUAAAUCUCUAACUCUUAAUAAUCUUGAGAUUGUACUAUGCUUACUUUUAGAACUAUAGUUUCUUGCUUGAAUGCAUUGCAUUGAAAGUAGUGUGCCUUGACAUGCUGUAUUGACUUUCAAAGAUGUGCAUGCCCCUUUAAAU